AUAUAAAACAGUAGUAACAAGGGAGGGAGCGCAGGCGGCAGGCAUAGACGGCUACGCAUCCGCCUCUACUUCUACUAAGGAGAAAGUCAAGCGCACACUAUUUCUUCUUCUUCUCUUCUCCACCACCUUCAACUUCCCUCGUUAAAUUUCUCCAUAACCAAAUUCAGCACUUCCUUUCCUCCUCCUUUCUUUUCUCUUUGGAUUUCUCCCCUCAUCUUUCCAUUACAAAUUUACAAGCAAUGCCAGCACAGAAACGCUCCUACGAGGCCCUCGUCAGGCUGGCAGAGGAGGAGGAUCCUACCCCACUCGGCAACAACCUCGAGCAACGGCAGCAGCAGGAGGACGAUGGUGCUGACGCUCAUGAAUCCAAUCGCAGCAGCCAUUCUUAUUUCAAUGAAGAAAAAGAAGAGUUUGUUUUAGUAAAUUUGUCUGACAUUCACAAAGAAGUUCAAUGUCCAAUCUGCCUAGGGAUCAUUCGCAAAACAAGAACUGUGAUGGAAUGCUUGCAUCGUUUCUGUAGGGAAUGCAUUGACAAAUCUAUGCGUCUGGGGAACAAUGAGUGCCCUGCUUGCCGCACGCAUUGUGCCAGUCGGCGAUCCUUGAGAAAUGAUCCAAACUAUGAUGCCCUAAUUGCAGCCUUAUAUCCAGAUAUUGACAGAUAUGAAGAAGAGGAAUUGACUUUCCAUGAGGAAGAGAUGACUCGCAAUAAGCAGAUCCAAGACUCAAUUUCCCAGACCAUCAAGCGACAAUCAGAAGCUCUGGGUAAGAAACGGACUGCUAAGGCCACAGCAGCUGCAAUCAUUAGGAGAUCACAAAAUCGAUAUCAGGGGAGUAGAAACUAUCGAAAUUCAGAACUUCAAGUAUCAGAUGAAAACGAGGCUGCAAAUGGAGAUGGAAGCAAAGACUCAUCUUCUGCUGAUGAACACUCUACAGAGGUCAAAACAAAGAGGGUUAAAAGAGGGAGUGGAGAUCAUAUUUCUCAUCCUUCCUCAGUUGCUAAUGCAGAUGGGAGCAUUGAUGAAAAUGAUUCUGAAUCAAACAGGGAAUCCAUCAGUAUAUCUGCAAGGCUUGUCAGCCCUUCAGAAAGGCUUGUCUGGGGCAAAGGUGGUACACGCAGCCACACACGAUUGGGCAGUAUGAGUGGUGGCAAUGGCAGGAAUUCUAGGAACAGUCACAUCUUAAAGUUGGUGGAUCACCUCCGGAACCAAGAGGCAAAAGAUGAUGAGCUGGAUAUUCACUUAGUUGUUGUCCCUGUUGGUGAAGAAAGAAUACCGAGAUUACAGAAGCCUCAUCUCUGCUGCAAGCCUAACUUGUCUGUAAUGCAGCUCUGCCAGUAUGUUGCUCUGCACACUGCCCUGCAAGCCGAUGAAAUCGAAAUAUAUUUGGUCAAAAAGCUUAAUUCCAAGUCCAGCUCGGUAGACCCACGUAUGGAUAAGUUGCAAGUUUUGAAGAAGGAAGAAACUUUGGGAGCACUUGAACCACACAGUUUUAAUCUAGACCAUUUGCUACUGGCAUACCGGAGAAAGUUGUAGAGUUCAACAGGGGUUAAAGGCAAGUUACCAAGGGAGGAGGAAGAGUUUGUAUAGAAUCAUCGAUUAUUCUCAUUCCAACAUUCAUAGGACAAU